UAGAUGUGAAACUCACGAACCAAGAGGGAUCUUGUUGCCCAAAAGCACGCAAUUCGAUCGUGUGAACUUUGCUGGUCAAACCAACGGCCACGCUUGCUUAGGAGUAUGUGUGGGUUCUACUGUAUCCUCUUCAGUGCAAUUGCAGCUUACUUUUAGAGCCUCCAGCCUUGUUGUGCAGCAAGCUGCUCAAGUUACUCGGAUCUCCCACCUGCUCCCACCUUCCAUUUCCGCCAUGUGCAAAGGCGAAUCCCAAGGCUACACCGCUGUGAAGGGCACUCAAUGCGUGGUGCUUGUCGAUCCCUACUCCACCGGUGGCAUGUUGGCACCAGAGCUCGACGAGAGGGGCUAUGCCGUGAUCGCUUUGUGGACGCAGGAUGUGGGCGAGAAUCGAGAUCACUUGCCUCAGGCUGCCAAGGGAUUCCCUGACAUUUGCCUUCCACAUGAUUACCUUUUGCAGCUUUUGCAUUAUUUUUUCCUUUCCAAGCUCAGUGAAGAUUUCGGUGUCGGUGUCCCACCGUCCCACCUUUUCACGCCUCCUAUCUGAAACACCCCAUGCUUCAGAGAACCACCCCUCCAAGCCACAACGCCCAGCUUCAAACAAGGCUUUGAGGCGGCCCCGAGGUACCUUCAAACAACUGGAGUGAAGGCACCGCUCAGCUCAUAGGCUUCGGUUUCAAUCUGAGGAGAAGUUUCUGGCCGAAGUGGACGAGCUUUCCACCUUGGCCUCCACCGCUCGUGCCUUGCAUGAUGCCGCCACCCGUGCGGACGGCGAGGUCGUGGCGGUGAUUUGCGGUGGUGAGACGGGAGUGAAAGUGGCCGAUGCCCUCUCAGAGCACAUGGGUCUUCGUGGCAAUACCACGGCAGGUGGCAUGGCCAACCGCCGUGACAAGCAGGUGCAACAGGAUGCGGUGAAGGCGCAUGGCUUGAGAGCGGUGCGCUCAGUCUGUGGGAGAAGCUGGGACGAUGUGAAGGCCUUCAGCGACACCGAAGCCUUUCCGAUCAUUGUGAAGCCGGUGGAGUCGGCGGGAUCGGAUGGAGUGAAGCUGUGUCGAAGUGCCGGCGAGGCCGAAGAACAUUUUCACCUGCUGAUGAACUCUCAACGAAAGGCCGGAUCUCAAGGAGCUGCCGUCUUGUUGCAAGAGUACUUGAAGGGUACAGAGUACAUUGUGGAUCAUGUCUCGCGGGAUGGCGUGCACAAGACGACCUUGGUCUGGGUCUACGACCGCCGCCCAGCCAAUGGUGCGGGCUUUGUUUGCUUCGGGACGAAGUGUGUCCCAUCCGAGAGCCCGGUGGCUCAGGAGCUCAUCGCCUACACGCGCGGGUGCUUGGAUGCCUUGCGAAUCACCGACGGCGCAACCCACACAGAGGUCAUGAUGACCGAGACGGGCCCUUGCUUGGUGGAAGUGAACAGUCGUUGCCAUGGAGCAGCUGGGUCCUGGAUGCCUCUUGCGAGGGCCAUGACAGGGUACACUCAGGCGAGUCUGGGGAGGCUGAGCGAUUGCCAUCUCCACACUCGUGAGCGCUUGUGUGGAUGCCUUCCUGAGUGAAGAAGCCUUUGAGCGCCUUCCAGAUGUACCAUCCGAGUUCCUGGCCUCUGGGCAAGUUUCCAUGUUGAUCUCCUACCAUGAUGGUCUGGUGGAAUCCACCCAAUUUGAGAGGGUGAGGAACCUCCCAUCGGUGGUCUUUCUGGAAGAGAACCUGCAAGCUGGACGUCAAGUGGAGAAGACCAUCGACCUCUUCAGCUUGAUUGGCAUGUGUGUCCUGGUGCACGAGGAUCCCAAGGUGUUGGACGAUGAUCUCCGGUCCAUUCGGGAGAUGGAGCAGAAUGGGUCCUUAUUCGUCCUCUGCAACUAGAAGGUCUGAGCUUUUGGAUUGCAUGACGAUACUGAAGAUACUGAUACCUAUCAUCUCUCCCGUCUGAUGGCUUUUGGGGUGAUUGGAGAUGUGGUUCUUUCUCACCUUCUCCAAUAGGAGCAUCCGAGAACCGAGGGCGAUUGAUUUUAGGCCGCUGGUCAGUCCAGCGGCCAAAUAGCCUGGAGGGCUUGCAUGAUCCCUUGCGUGACAGUCAUGCCGGGGAGGUGGCACCUCGCACGCACCCAGAGGUUGACGGUUUGCAGCAAUCACAUUAUCUUUUUUUGCCAUAGUGAGUUCAGGCCACUGAGCAGCACAUUUUUCGCUCUGUGCUUUUGACAGCUGUGGGUGAUGACCAAAAGUGUCGCUUAGAGAGGUUUGCCACGUUGGCUGUGUGAGGGCGCAGCCUUGAAAAA